UGCUGUCCUGAGAAAGCGGUGAUGCAGCACAGGAUGAUGAAGGAUGCCCAGAGGGCCAUGGGUCCAUGGAUGGGAGGUCAGCCUAUCUACAGCCCCAUGAGCCACGGCUCCUCACAGAUGAACCCUCUGCUGUAUGCAGGCUCCCAAUCAGGGAAGAGCAUCGCCAUGGCCCCCAUGCCCCUCCCCCCUCCCCCAUCUGGCUACAGCAUGCCCCCCAGUGUCCACGCUGCCAGCAUCUACGGCAACCAACAUCCCGGCAACAAGCAGAUGCUGGACUACCUGGAGAGCCAGGUGAGGGGCAUGGAUGGGACCAGCCCCAUGAUGCAGCCCCAGCCCUACCACCAGCAGGUCCAGAUGAUGCCCCCUCCCCCUCAGCACAUGAUGCCCCAGCACAUCCCCUUCUCAGCGGGUCCUCCCAGCAUGCUCUCUGGCCUGGACGACGGGGCCGUGGAGUACCGGGGGGUCAUCCAGAUGCCUCCCAUCAUAGAGCAGCCUGGACGAGGAGGUCGGAGAGGGGGCCAGCCACCGCUUGCCCCUAAAACACGUCCACCCAGCUCCAGAGAAAGCAGCCGCAGCGAGAGUCGCUUCACCAAUCACCGUGACGACCGCAGCGAAGCCAGCGGGCGCCGUUACCCGUCGCCGUCAAGGAGCCGUGCUACAGAAAGACUUUCGUGGAUGGGAGAUCGGAGGCCCAGUCGAAAGUGGGUUCACGUGACGACCUCAGCGACAGGGUCCCUCGAUCCCCUCCAGAGACGACCUGUUCGAGGAGCAGCGUCGCCCCGCCUCCCAGCAACUACUCCCGCUCCGCAGGGGGUCGUUCAGUUCAGAUGA